CAAAAUGCCACCCAUGGCGUUGUCGACGAUGGGAGCGACAUCAGCCAUCAGCACAACCCCGACCAAGAUGAAAUCUCUGGAGAGCUCGUCGCGAUCAACACUCAAUGGCCUAGCACCUGAGUUCACUCCGACCAAGAAGAGCUGUCGAUCUGCUCCAGUGACUCCGUGCAAGAACGAUGCAAACGAUGCCUGCUGGGAAGAAGCCUGUGCAGCUGCUCGCUGGUGGGCAGAGAAGCUGAGGCAACAGGAUCAGUCGAGCUCCAACGGAUUCGAGCAUGCUCUUCGAGGGUUGAUUCUCAGUCGGUGUCGAGGUCACUGGUACCCUCAAGAUCCCCUCCGAGGAAGCGGCUUCAGGAGCAUCGUCAACGACGUCUCUACAGACCCGAUUCUCCUCGCUGCAGGAGAAGCGACAAGGAUCCGAGAUAUCAGGAGCCGAUUGCCGCAAGGAGUGAUGUGGAUCAACCCCAAGACCGUCAAGGUGAAACUGGAGGAGGAUAGGUGGGCAGAGACCAUCUUCAGCUGCAGCGCUGGCUCUUCCCAUAGCUCUGCGAGUGCGUCGGAGGCCGAGGAUGAUGACACAUAACUCUCAAACAGCAAGUCAUUCCUCACUUCAUGUAUGUUCAAGUAGGCCGGCAUGGCGUGUAAUGAUAUCAAACUUUGAGUAUCAAAAAGUCAAAGAGGAAACUCAGAGGUG